CUGUAGUGUGAAGCACUUUGAGUGUCAUCUAGUAAAGUAGAACCGCUGCUUGGCUUAUUUGAUAAGUUUCUUUAGCAUGCGUUAUUUCAACAAGCAAAACCAAGAGAGGUGGUUUGACCUGCAGGAUGAUCUCACCUGUUGCGGCAUCACCAUACAAUGUCCUGUCCAAGUCCAUCCGUCCAUCUUCUACCGCUUAAUCCUCCACAUGAGGGACGCGAAGGCUCUAAACAUCUUCUAGGUUAGAAGAACGUGUAACACAAGCAGAUAAUCUGAGACAUUAAGGUUUCCAUUUGAAUUAUAAGCUCAUAGAUAAAAUUAAUUUGCAUAGUUUGGCUGAUCGGAAAUGCUGAGUACAUUUAUGUUACAUUACAGUGUAUUGUAAUCAUACAGUAUAUUUUGAAUUAUUAAACUGUUUCUGGUAGUAAUGGGAAAAAGCUGCCAUCUGAUCAAAGGCAUGGAAGCAUGGAAGCCAGUGUGAUUGCUGAUAGUUCUCUUGUUCUUUUGCCUUUGAUCUGUACAGAUCACUUGUCAGCGUCAGACAAAUGUGUUAUAUUAUUACCAUAGCGGUGACGUAACUACUUCAAAAUGUUAUUGGGAACUUUGACCUGUGGAGCGCAUCAUUGCACAUUUUAGUGUACAGCCUCCCAGAAGUAACUGGGAGAAGAAGAAGCUCAAAGUCAGCAUUUAUUCUGCAUUUUCAGCUGUAAAUCUGACAUUUUGUGGUUCAGUUCAAUGUUUGGUUUUCAGACUGGAUCAGCCAUGCAGUUGAACAAACCUCCCCUGUCCAGCAAGUUGACACAGUCCACAAUCAAAGACAUGCUGUAUCACCACAGAAAGGUUUACUCAGCCAAAGCUGUCAUUGAUACAUCAGCACCCAAAAGCCUGAUACAAAGUGUAAAAUACAAUGACCAGAACAAGAAGGAUCGCUUCAGGGAAGGGAGUCGUCCUCAGUCAGCUCAGUAUGUCUCAUACAGCAGCAGAGCCUCCUCAGCUCAGAGUUGCCACAGGACCUCCCAGCGCACUGUCCAGAAGCCGUCCAGCGUAGACCUGGUCCAGAAACACUCUGAGCUCUUUACCCAGGACAGGCCGUUCACCCCAAAGAUCCUGAAGUCAGACACGAGUUCAAUCAUGGAAAAAUAUCGCUGCUACAGAGCGCCACAAAGGAAGCCCACUCAGGACUGCACCAACUCCAAACAGGAGACCAGUGACAGGAGCAAAAAAAACACAGAAGGCGCACAGGAUGUUGAUGAGCCAUCUCAGGGGAUCAUUACAGAGUGUUCUGAGGAGGAGUUGAAUGGCACAUAUUUAUCAGCAUCCAGACAAAAGAGUCAUCCUUUCUGUGACUCCUCAUCCAGGGCAUCACUCGAAGGCGCAAAAUCUCCCAUUGUGAUUAACGUUUUUGCAGAGGAGGAAUUUGAGUACCUCAAUUUUAUUUUUGCUGUAACAGAGGAUAUCUUAUCCAGGAAGCAUAUGUCUGACAGGGUCCUAGAUCGGAUGAUAAAGAACCACAUUGACAUGAAUCGGCUUCAACUCGAUGAGGGUAAAAUGCGCCAUCUAGUGGAAAAGCUGCGUGAAUUUCUUAAAGAGCCAACCAACAUAUCCACCUCCAGUACACCAGAGCUUACAAAUGAUCUGCUUAACUCACUCGUAUCAUGUCUGGAAUCUGGGGGAAACCAGUGAAGACCAGUGAAGACCACCAAAAACAAGUGUGGUUUCCCUCAGUGAAGCAAAGUAAUUCUAGGGACUUCAUACCAUUACUUAAUUAAGUGCAGGUUUACAAGAUAAAGACUCUCAAUAUAUUGAUUUCAUGAGAUUGUGGGAUAUUUUCAAAGGUUGGUAAUUACAUCAACGUAACAUUCUCUGUCUCAAUUCAUUUGAGUUCAUUGUUUACGAAAU